AUGACUCCGUGUGCAAAGCACAGGAUGGAAUGCAGUGGGCAGAGUGGAGCCGGAAAGAAAAGCCCGGCCGACACUGCGGCCAUCCUCGCGGAACCGCCCCAGCUCCCGGGCCCAUCGCACAGCGUGGUCAUGAGCAGAACGGUAUCUGUCCUCUCUGAAAGGGCUACGCCCCAAGUCUCCGACAAAACAGUGUCCCAUCUUGGGCUUACUCACCGCGUCGGAGCCCGAAUCUCUCUCCGUCCACCCAGAGCCUGGGUCCGCACCCCGUCUCUGCCCCGGCUACACCUCUGCUGCCGUCGCUCGGAGCCUGCAGCCGCAACCACGCGCCUGCGCACUAACUUGGUCCCGCCUCUGCCUUCCGCCUGGGUCACCCCUCCUUCGAGCCGGACCAUCUUCGCCACGCCCUCACGGUCCUACGUCAUGGCCAAUCCCAGCGCCACACGGCACGACCCUACGAUCUGCAUUGGCCACGCUCAAGCCCGUUUGAGCAUUUUCUGGCGUUCCGUCAUGGCCACUCCCUGGGUUCUCAGGACUCCCACUUUUGGGUCCGCUCUCACCAGUGUACGCGUCAUGCUCUCCCUCUGCUGGCGGAACUCGUUCCAGACACCACAACUCCACGAGCAGAAACCGGAUAGGAAACAUAACUGGGCACUGACUGGGACUGUGUUCUUAUGA